AUGGCUCACAGCUUCCGCGGCUGUGGCUGCGCCCGAGACUGGGGUGAGGCUGAGGAAGGGCUGGAAGCCUGCCCCCCGCUCCGGACCUGCCCGCGGCAGCACCAGGCACACAGUGGAAGCCAGCAAUGCCCGACCUACAGAUGGGAACACAGGACAGGCCGACGUGGCCGCCCCGGCAUCUGGAGCCUCGGGCCCUGUAGUGUCCACACCCUGCCCGGGCACAGGUGCCCCAGGCAACAGCCCCAGGCCCGAGGGCACCCCCCUGGCACAGAGGAGCAGACAGAAGCCGCACGUGUCCACUGGCCGGGGUCUCUGCCAUGUCAGGAAAGAGGCCACUAUGCUCCCCCACCCCGCAGACCAGAGCCUGGGAAGCCUCUUUCCCUCACACCCACGCUCCAGCAGUCCUGGGGCCGGGCUCUCAGUCACCGGUGCCGAGUCACCCCCUGCCUGUGCCCCAGCGGACCCACCCGGACUCGGGCCCUGCCUGGCAGACCCCCUACGCUGGCCCUGCCCACCCCCCAGGUCUUCCGGCUCACAGCUCACGUUGUGGUGAGGACACUGAGGCCCAGAGGGAACCAAAGCCAAAGCUUCUGGGACCGAGAAGCUACCCGAGGUAACCCAGACCUGAGUUCUCCAACUGCCUGCGUCCCACGAGGUCAGGCCCAGCAGACCUGGCCUCGGGGGAGACAGCGCUGCCAACCCCUCUCCCACGGGGGCGCUGGGCCUCACCUGUGCCGACCCCUGGGACCCGCAGAAAACCACUCUCCCUCCCCACCUGACACAUGGAAUGACCAGGGUCCAGGACGCUGCCCAGGAUCACACGUACAUGACACGGAAGCUAGUUCUGGCCGCACCAAGGGGGGCCGAGCCCUGCACACUCGGGCCCCCACCCUGGGCUCCGCCAGCACAGACCCCCUUUGUGUCCCUGCCUUCUGCCUUCCUGGAGGGGGAUGGGGCGGGGGGAGGCCAGGCCCCGGCCCCCAGGAGGCCACCCCCAUCCUUGUGGAGGGCAGGGCUGCUCUGCAGGCAAAGCCAAGUCUGGAGCGCAGGCCCAUGAAGCUAGAGCGAAGAGCUGGCCACUCGCUGCACUAA